GCGAGGUGUUUGUCAACAUUCUAUCGAUCCAUAUUUAAAAUUUAAGACUUCUCACUAACUGCUUACUAUUCUAACAAAAACAAAAUUAAACUAUUCGGGAAAAUCACUUAAAUUAUUUCAAAGGCGUAAAAAAACAGUGUCAGUGACAACAAGCGAAUAUUAAAAACUUACACAGUUGAAAUCUUCUAUCAACACACAAAAACUACAAAAGAAUUUCUAAUCAGAGUUUUAAGUGGGUUAAGAGACCUUAAUCCUAAUUAUUUUUCCAGCUAUUGCUACGAAGUGAAAUAACUAGUGAAUAGCGAAAACCGCAAAGUCACCAUGCCGUGCUGAAAAAUCAAUAAAAUCUGCAGUGUUGCGUUGCUAAGUUUUCGUAUUAAAUAUGCACCUAACAACCUCGUGCGGUCUCAAGAUGCUACGAUUUGAAAUUUGAGAAUGGAAGGCUUGUUCGACCAAAGAAUGACGCCUAUUAUAAAGUGUGUUGUUUUGUUCUUGUUUAUUUUUACGGCGAGGGCUCUAACUUCGAGACCGCAAGAGCCCCAGGAGAGUAAAAACAGCAUCCAGCAAGCAAAACCUUACCAUUAUGUCCGAACUUUCACUAAAUACCAUCACAGGAGAACUAUCCAGUGGAAUAAUAAUAAUAACAUGCAAGAUUACUGGCCAGUGACCCAUGACGGCCAUGACCAGCCAAAAGUGGUUGGUAAAAGGAGUGUUCCAAAUUUAAAAGUUGUUGAUGGUAACUGGCCGAUCGUAAGGAAAAGAAUAAGGAAAAGGAGUGUGAGCAUUCCAAAUUUGAAUGAAUUUUCACCAGAUUCAAAUUCUGCCAACAUAAUAGGUGAUCAUAAUGCCAUAAGUCCGGGUAGUCCUGCUAAACUAGAGAAAUCUAGUAGGAAUGGCUUGUCGAAUGAUGUCAAGAAAGUUAAAGAAAAGACGGAGUAUCCAACUACAGUCAGCCCUAAGGUGUGCUUGUAUAAGGCCAAUAGUAUUGCCAGAAGUACAACCAGCUACAAUGAUGAUAAGAAUGCUCAGAACACUGUAGAAAAUGAUUUUGAUACAGACAUACGGGGUGAAAUAAAAGACUCAGAACUGAAUGGUGAAGCAGUACAAUUGGAACAGUGUACAGACCCACGGGCCAUCUGUUACACUCUCUGGCGUUACGACAAGGCUGGCAACAUCACUGUGCUCGGACAAGGAUGCUGGAAGGCGUCAGAGAGCAAAGUAGACUACUGCACCCGCCGUAACACGAGAGACAUCAACGCUACCUUCUGCAGCUGCAGCAAAAGCUACUGCAAUGCGGAUUUUACUUCAAUACCAGAAGAAGUAGUAACUCCCCGCGCGGAGUCCACGGUCCGCACCGCGUCCGUGCAGCCCAACUACUCCAACGCCAUCGCGUCCGCCAUGUUGGCGCUGGCCGCCAUCUUGGUCAUGGUGCUCGUGCUGAGGAAGUUCUACUGCAAACGGCAGGAUUUGGAGAAGGAUUUGAGUGAUGAGAAACAGGAGAAAGGAGGCAUCAUGGGCACCGGGCCUGAUGCUUUAGCAACCGGCCUGUCUUGCGUGGAUAACCUCACUCUUAUAGAACAUAUCGGCCAAGGCAAAUUCGGCUCAGUUUGGCGCGGCAGUCUAGGUACUAUGCCAGUUGCUGUCAAGUUAUAUUCAAGCGCCAACGCAUGGCAGAAAGAGGCAGCGAUAUAUGCGCUCCCUCAUAUGUCACAUCCUAAUAUACUUAAGUACUAUGGAAGCGACAGCCGACCGGCUCUAGAAGGCGGUCCUCGCUCGCAGCUGAUCGUGGUGGAGCUCUGCGAGCGCACGCUGCGAGCUCGCUUAGAGGAAGCUCCUCUGACGUGGCUCGAGUUCGCUACUCUCGCACACGGGCUCAGCUCCGCGUUGGCACAUCUACAUACUAGCACGCCGUCAAAACCAUGUAUCGUGCACCGCGACGUGAACAGCUCCAAUGUGCUUGUGUGCAACGGACAGGCUCGCCUGGCUGAUUUGGGACUGGCUCAAGUUUUGCAUAGAAAUAAAAGGGCCAAUGCCGCUGCUCUCACUGAGGCGGGCACCCUCCGCUACCUGGCGCCGGAAGCGCUGGACGGCGCGCUGGACCUGGACGGCGCGGGCUGGGCGCUGUGCGCGGUGGACGUGUACGCGCUCGGCCUCGUGCUGUGGGAGAUGCUGUGGCGCUGCGCCGGCGCGCACGUGGGCCCCGCGCCGCCCCACGCCGUGCCCUACCACGCCAUGCGGCCCCACAGGGCCACCAUGCAGACGCUAGUAUCCCGGAACAAGGCGCGCCCGCCGUUACCCAAGGGACCGGUGCCGGAGGCGCGGGCGCUGAAGAUCGCCAGCGACACGUGCGACGAGUGCUGGGACCAUGACGCUGAAGCCAGAUUAACAGCAGUGUGUGUAGAAGAGCGUAUGGCUGAACUGAAAGCCAUGCUGCAGACUCAAGGGCCCGUCAUUCACGACAACAAUUUGCAUCCGCAUCACCCAGGAGACCCCUCGAACCCCGCACCGGAGGCCGACAAGAACUCCAACUGCACGUCCACUCAGACCUGUGACGUCACCACCCCCCUCCUCUACCCGCACCCGCACAUCGGCCGCAACGCCUGCAUCGAGCGCAACACGCACACAAACACACACGACACGCACACACUCAUACAUAAAAGCCUAAAAGACAUCACAGUGCCCGCCGACCCUCCUAGGGUCAACAGUGAACAGUGCCUAUCUGUGGCUCGACCUUCUCAUAGACAGAUUCUGGACUAUGAAAACUCGGACAGAUUGAACGAGAUCCGAUCUUAUCAAAGACCUUUAGACUAUGUCCCUAAUGACGUAAGCUCCCAUGACGACAGGGGACCAAAACAAACUAAUCUACUACAAGAAGUAAAAGUUGAAAAGCCUAAAUGGGGCAUAAGGAAGUUCUUUGAGAAAAAACUGAACAGAUCUAAAGUUGAAACUGAAGUUAAACUGGUACCUGAAACGACCAUGACACAGAACAGAACUAAGACUUCCAUAGUCAAUGAGAAACCUAGCAACAUAUUCAGGCCUUCAAAUCUAGUUAUUAAUCAGGAUAGAAGUCCAUUUAAUUUUGAAGGACCUUGCACUUUAUCUCCACCAAAUAGAACCCUUUCUCCCACGAUGAUGAUAGAAUCUGAGAUGCGGACUGAAAAUAAUGUCUUCGGUUUCAAGGAGUUACCGACAAAUGAAACCGAUCAACCGAAUCAAGUCUUCGCUGUUAUUGUUCCAAAAUCAAAGCCUAAUUUUACUAAUUUGAUUGAAUUAAAAAAACGAGGAAGUUCAGAGAGCAUUAAUAAAAAUUCAGUCCGUACUUCAAUGUCAUCGCAAAGCAUUUUCAAAUCUGGAAAUUCAGAGUCCGAAGACUCAACAGUCAAGAAGAGACUUAGCUGUGAUAAUAGAAUCAUCACUAAUUCUAACAGUGCUAGUUCUUCGAGAGCUAGCAUCAAUUUAGAACUUCAAUAUAUCGACAAUCCAACUCCAAACUUCACUGGGAACACAAGCCCAUUUGACCUAAAUUCCGACUGUUCUUCAAGUGAAGAUGAACAUCUAAUGCUUCUAUCUGAAAACGGGGGCUCAAAAAUAACCAUGCAAACCAUAAAACCUGAGGAAAAAAAGAAAUACCAGAACGAAGUCUUAAAAGAAGCGAGCCAUACAAAAACUGACUUUACUUUCAACAAAUUUCAAAAUAAAUAUACUAACUUUGAUAAUGAAUUUAGCGACCCCAAUGAUAAAGAGAACUUAGUCAACGGCUACAGCGGAGAUAACCCUGUUUACUUAGCAGCUUUAAAUGGUGAAAUCGAUACAACUGACUUGAAAUAUGUUGAAGAAAAACCUAAAUCACCAAAGCCAUCCUUGAAAAACUUGACUAUAAAGCGCCAACAUUCUUUAGAGCAAGUUAGUGAGAUAUUUUCAUCGUCCGGUGACAUUCAUCUUCAAAACCCAGCGGGUAGAGUAAAGACUCCCGGAGAUUUGCCAGUAGCUAUCCGGAGAGCUAGGAGGGAUCGGGCCUUACAGAAGGGAAGAGCGAACGAGUGCAACAGACUCAGCCUAUAUGAUGAUAGGAUGAUGUUCGGAAAUAGUUUGUAAAACCACUAAAUGUAGUUUUGUACUUGUGACGUCAUUUGGUACCUGACUGACAGGGUGUCCCAAAAGUUAGGCUAAGGCACUGAUUCCUAUUUAAUUCGGGUUGGAUUAUUUUUAGGGUUCAAAAUAUUACACUAUGUAUACAGGGUGUCCAAAUAGUUAUGGCAAAGCCACUAAAUAAAGUUAGUCUAGGCUGGAUCCUUUUCAACCUAUUUCUUGGCUUCGUUUGCCAGGAGACAUCUUUCUUCAACCAAUAUGACGUCACUUAAUAGUUUACUUUAGAUUAAAAAUAAGGCUUUUGAAGAACUCACGGCUACUUCUCUCUCUUAAUACAGAGAGUAAGAAAAAGCUAAACGGCUCGCGCUAAACUUGAAAACAUGUGUCAUUUUGUUGCAUUUGUGAAUUUUACUGCAUUUUUAUUUUAUUAAAAUUGGUGCCUGAAUUUAUAAGAUACGAUUCUCAUUACUGAUAUAAUUUUGCUCACAAUCGAGCAUUAUAAUGUAAAUUAAGUUAAGAGUGAAUUUUCAAACCAGUAAUAUCUAUAGUUGUUAAUCUAUUUUUCUUACAAAUAAAUAUCGUUCUGUGACCCAAAUUGUCGAAUAUUUAAUAGUUUUUGGAAAUUCACUCUUUGUCUCUUCUCUUUGUCUUGGUGAAUCAACUAUAAUACCAAUACUACUCCUGAGGUCCAGAAAACACAUAACUUAAAUACACUUACCUAUUUACUAAACCUUAAAAAAAUAUACUAUCAUUAUCAAAAACUACAGUUAAUGAUUUUUUAGGGUAAUUGGAUAGUGAAUAUAGUGACCCAGAGGACAAAAAUUGGUCUUUAUAGUUGAUUCGCUGAUGUAUAAUAAAAAUGUAUACAAGGCGAUACCUCACAUAAAAUUUAAGGAAAUCUUAACUGUACUUUCAAUGUUAGGUGUAUUUCUUAUAAUUUGCAACAUAAUUGCAUUUACGUAUAUGAUUUAAAUUAAGUGGGUUUAAAAAAUCACUUAAAACUAAUUAUAUUUCUAAAUAUCAUCAUUUUUGGCGAGAAUAUAAAAAAAUGUGCUCAACUCCAAAUUAAACUUGUCUCAAACACAAAAACUUUAAUUUUAACACAGAUUUUCAUUAAAAUGAGUACAUUAGAUAUGCUAGGCUGUCUAAAACUGAUUUUCGAUGCAUUUUUUUCAUAUUAUGUAUUAUUGACCAUGGUUUCAGUAAUUACUGCCUUACCUACAGACAAAAACAAUCCUUAAUACUAUUUUAUUAAGUUAAUGUGAUCUUUAAUACGUACGUAGUUUAAGUUCCUAAUUCGCGCCAUGUUUUUGUUCGAUUUGUUAAGUUUCUUUAACGUUUAAAGGUGUGGUACUGUCAGUUUCAGAUAUAUAUUUAUUACAAGUAUAAGUGGAAGUAUAACUUAGAUUACCGGACACGUAAUCACAAAAGAAUUUAAAUAAUAAGAGACAGGAUUACAUUUUUUUUUUCGUCUAUAAGGAUAUUUCUGUUACUGACCAGGACUACAUGACCUGCUCUAAUUUUAAUUACAAUAAAGGCAAUCAUUUAACAAUGUUAUAACGCGUUUUAAGUUUUUUACGGGCAUUAGGCUAAGUUUUGUUUAUUUUUAAAGUAUAAAUAAACCAAUCAUUCCAUUUUAUACAUAAUAAAAGCCGGAAAUAUUACUGUAAUAUUAAAAUUUUAUUUUAUUAUACCAAAUAGACCUGUUUUGUAGAAUAUUUCAUGCAUGUCGAAAUGUUAUAAUAACAUUAUACUAAACACAAAAUAUAAUACUGUUAAGUAUUGAGUUCAUUGCUAUUCAAAAAAAUCGCUAACAAAAGUAAUUAAUUAUUUAUUUCUUAGUGAUAAAAAUGCGAUAUUUUUUUUAAUCAUUGAUAUAGUAUGUAAUAUUGUUAGGUAAUAUAAUAAAUAAUGAACACAUUUUGUAUUACGGAAGUAUAUGAAUAUUGUAUAAACAUUUAGUAUUUUCUUUGCAAAAUUCUUGUCAUUGAAUGUAUUUAUGUAGGAAUUCAAUACAUUUUUGUAUAAUGGAGCCAGUAUUAUAAGACAUGAAAUUAAAGAGGAUUAACCUUUUUGAAUGCUAAUCUAUUUAAUUCGUUACGUUCGUAAUAGAUUCAAACCAAGAACAAGCGGGCAUCUCGCUCGUUUUUGCCCAGAACGUGCAAGUUGUGGAAUGAGCUAGCUUCUGAGGUGUUUCCCUUGCGCUAUGACAUGGGGUUCUUCAAGAAACAGGUAAUUAGGGUUCUCAAAGGUUGGAAGCCAUAUGUGGCUCCUCCGAUGUUCCUUAUGUCAAUGGGCGGUGAUGACUGCUACCCAUCAGGCGGCUCGUCUGCUCAAUUAUAUAAAUAUAUAUAUAUAUAUUUGGGUCACGGGACAAUAUUAAAUAAAAGUUAAACAUUUUGUCUUUUAAUUAUUCCUUUUGCGUCUUAGCUACAUUAUUAGCUGCAAUAAUAGCGUAGAUUUCAUUGUUAUAGAUCUACGUUUGAAAAUUUAAAAACUAUCUUUCGACCACUUCGGUAUCUGAUUGUAAUGACACCUUAAUUCUGUCGAAAGAAAUAAAUAUAUGUAUGUAUAUAAUACUGGCUCUAAAUCUAAUAUGUACACCAAUAUCUAUUAAAUAUUAAGUUCAUUCACUUGGACGUUAUAUUUUCAAAUAUAUUCGAAUUGAUGAAAUAGUUUUGAAUAAGCAAAAAUCGAUUAUAUUGAUGUUUGAGCUGAAAUUAUUGGAGUGAAAGUAUUACGGUUGAAUAUGCGAGUUUUAAUGUAUUUAGAGUGCUAAGCAUCAAUUUAAUGUAUACAUUAUCGUAAAAGUAUUUCGGUAUACAGUGAUAUUCAAAAAGAUAGCAAAUACUGAAGUUAUAUUUGGGUCAUUUUAAUUAAAGUUUUACACAAUACUUUUUUUUACUUGAGGAUUUGACUUUAGGUUUCGACUUGUUACACUAUGUAUACAGAGUGUCCCAAUAAUGAUAGCAAGGUCAGUAAAUAAAGUUAGGCUGGAUCCUUUUCGUAAACCUAAUUCUUGGUUUCGUUUGCCAGGAGACAUGUUUGUUCAACCAAUAUGACAUCAUUUAAUAGUUUACUUUAGAUUAUAUAAAAAAGAUUAUUUAAACUCGGAAUUACGAGCUGUUCCGAUCUUGAUAGGAGAAAUAAAGUGUAACAAGAUGUUUAUUCCAUUCAGUUACCAUUUUUCAUUCAACUUUGUAUGACGAUAAUAGAAUGCAAAGAACGAAAAAUUUACGGAAAUACGGGAACACUUUUUUUCUCCUAUUAGGAUCGAAAGAAGUUGUGAUUCUGAGUAGAAAAAACAAAUUAAAUCCUAAAUCUAAAAAAAGUUAAAUCCUAAAUCUAAAAAAAGUUUAAGGUGCAACUUUAAAUGGCCCGUUUAUACAAUUACGAAUUCAUUUCGGGUAAUCCCGAAAAUUUACUGUAUUAAGCAUUAAGCUGAUUUUACGGCUUAAGCUGAUGUUUCGGAGAGCCAAGGUCUCUUUUUUCGAGCACUAACAGUGCGAGUAGCGUUUACGAGUUCAAUUCGAAUUUACUGUAUUAUUAUGAAAUAAGGGAUAAUUUUCUGAAUUACAACCAAACAAAUAUAAUAGAUGUACCUACAACUAAAGAGCGAACCAUAAUCUCGAGUGCUGAAUUGGAUAUCAUUGUAUAGAAAAAAAAGAUAAUUAUCUAUUUCGAUAGUCAUUGAUAUUUUGUUAGAUUCCGAAGUGAUAGUGCGAAGGUACAAUUCCCAUUUAAACCAUUUGAGAUAACUUUAUUAAAUAUCUUUCUUUGGUCCUGGUUUAACUAGUAUGACAUUUUGUUUAAUUUUUUUUAUCAACGAAUUCAGUGCAUUGAACGCACAUAAGCGUUGGCUGAGUUUUAUUAGUGCCUUAACCUUUCAUAUGUGUGUGGUAGUCAAAAAUUGUGGAUUCAAACCUCUUUUGUGCUGAAUAGAGCAUAAAAAAUAUAGUACGUGUCAUCCACGAUGACGCGCAGAUUUGUCAAAACUAACCUUUAAUAACAUGAUAUACGAGUCAAUGCACGCGUCGUCGUGAAUGACACGAUCUAAAGAAUGCAAAAAUAUUUCUAUAAAUUCGGCAAGGCCAUACACAGUCAAGAGGUUAAACGAAACUGUGCAUUCAUAUAAAGAGUAUCAUAUGAAUGUUUAUGUGCAUUAAGGUGGACGCUUAUGUGCGUUAGAGGCACUGAGCAAAGCCGCCGACAUAUCGCGAAAAUUAAGCCGGCAGCGAGUGCGUUAAUACAUUCAGUGCCAGCGCGAGCUACGCGCUGCGAGCGUAGCCGAAAACUGUAGCGAAAAGCGCCAACGAACAGAGAACCCGUCUAACGGGUCGCUGGUACUGAUUGUGUUAAGAAAUCCCUCGCACUCGCCAAUCACGAACCACCGCGAAAGCACGGCUUUGUACAUACCAUAAAAAUGGCGGUAGCUACUUGUAUAGCUUAUUUUUAUUGAAGCUUUGUUGAUAUUAAUUGUGGACUCAAAAUAUAAGGAUUAUGUUUUAUAUAA